AUGUGGAAGUUGGAAUGGGACGACAUGGGAGUGAAGGUUGAUGGUCGGCACCUACACCAUUUACGCUUUGCUGAUGACAUCGUACUGAUAACACCUAGCAUCAGCCAAACGGAACGAAUGCUGACCGAGUUCGAAGAAACAUGUGGAUGUAUCACUCUUCAGCUGAAUGUGCAAAAGACGGUGUUCAUGCGCAACGGAUGGGUCUCGGAUGCCCCAUUCACGCACAUAUCCGAGCGCACCAGCUACGUUUAUCUGCGUCGGGAAAUAAAGAUAAAGAACGACCUAAUCCCCGAGCUAGGCAGGAGGAAACGAGCGGCUUGGGGAGCGUAUAAGAGCAUUGAAUAUGUAGUGAAGAACCCCACGAACAUUCGGCUCCGUGCUCACUUCUUCAACACCACAGCACUUCCUGCUUUGAACUAUGCUUAA